GACAAAUUCUCUCUGUGUGUGUGUGAAAGUGUGUAAUAAUUUUUGAUCAGUAUUUAAAUGCUCUGUCCGCCCACAAUGCGUCCGGCCAGUCCUGCCGAAUCCGAGAUCUCCGUCGGCGGUGCACCCAGCCCGCUGCCGACCCARCACCAUCAUCACCAUCAGCAGCAGCAGCACCAGCUGCACCAUCAACGCGAUUUGCUGCAGCAACAGCAAUUGCUGAUGCAGCAACAUGCCGCCGCUGCUGCCGCCGCCGCUGCCGCAGCUGCUGCAGCCGGACUGACGCGCAAUGCCGUCGGCACAUUGCCGGAGGAUUACUUCCAGCCGCUGAAGCGCUUGCGUAUGUCCUCCAGCUCAUCGGAGACGCGUGAACAGACGCCAAGUCCUCCUGCACCGCCCACAUCUAAUGCCGCUGUCAGCACAGCCACGACCACGGCCACGGCCACCACAAAGUCCGCCAUUGAAGGCGUCAAGAGUUUCUCCAUUGCGGACAUUCUCGGUCACUCUGAGAAGCAGGAGCAGCAGCAGCAACGCUCGGCCUCCACAUCCCCACCGCCGGCUGCCACGCUGCUGGCCCCACCAGCCGCCCGGCCUGUCUCCGGCCUGCUACAGCCCCGCACCGAGCCCCUGGACAUGCAUCCAGCUGCCGCUGCUGCGAUGCUGCUGCCCGGGGCACAGAUCGUGCGUCCAUGGGAUCAUCUGCUCGGGCCCAUGCCCGUUCGCCCGUUCAUUCCCUCAGCUCUGCUGCACUACGAGCAGCGCCUGGCCCUCGACUAUCAUCGCCAGCUGCAGGAGCACUUCAAUGCCCAAGCGCAGCUGCUGCGCCACAUGAGCAUGGACAUCAUUCCCUCGGAGAGUGGCUCGGAUCGCUCUAGCUCCGCUGCCAGCGAUUGCUGCUCGCCCGAAAUAGCCCGCGAUUCGGCUGCWGCUGCCGCCGCUGCUGCUGCUGCAGGCGCUGCACUGCGUCGCAGCCACAGUCCACAAUCCUCUGCUCAAAUGGGCAACAGCAGCUCAGGCAAUGCCAAUGCCUCCAGUCCCGCCCAGACGGGUGGCAACGCCAGCUCCGCCGCCGCCGUCGCCGCAGCUGAGGCCAAGGCCAAGGCCAAUGGCACGCCGCUCGACGCGCUCUUCCAGAUGACCACCAAGGACUUUGAUGAGUCGCAAGAUAAAUCGCACUUGGACAUAUUCUCGAACCGGCCGCAGCCAAAGAAGAAGCGCAAGUCGCGCACCGCCUUCACCAACCAUCAGAUCUUCGAGCUGGAGAAGCGCUUCCUCUACCAGAAGUACCUCUCGCCCGCCGAUCGCGACGAGAUCGCCGCCUCGCUGGGUCUGUCCAAUGCCCAGGUGAUCACCUGGUUCCAGAACCGCCGCGCCAAGCAGAAGCGCGACAUCGAGGAGCUGAAGAAGGACUUCGACAGCGUCAAGGUCUUCUCCGCCCACAAAUCCUUCCUCGAGAACGUCAACGAUCUGAGCAUCCUGAAGAAGAAGCCCAUGCACGAGGCGGACAUGGUGGGUCUGGCCGCAGCAGCCGCUGCCGCUGGCAUGGUGGUGCCAGUGCCCGUCUCGGCUGCCCAGGCCAUGGCCACGCCUCCCAAAUGAGCGGGCGCCAGCAGCGGCGGCGACAACGUCGCACUUGCAACCCGAUGAACGGUACAAAAAGCGAGCACAGUAUUGAGGAGGACAUUAUAUUAAUUUUUGGAUGCGAGCAGCAAGGCCGAUCCGGCCGCAGCUCCACUCUCGAAGCGAAUGCCUGAUUGAUUGACGAUCAAGACAUUCGUGAGAAGAUUUUAUUGAUUUUGGAUACCAGGUGUAAGGGGAGGCAGCCCUAUUCCACUGCAGCUUUACACUUGAAACAAAUGAUUGAUUGACGGAUUGA